CACAAGCAACGCAACAUGAGUCCAUGAAUGCAAAACAUCUAUACGGCUAGACCGGCACAUAUUAAGAGCAGACGCGUCAACGACCAUGGCAGAGAAGCGACGAGCAUCGGGGCGUGCGCGAGAUGCGAAACGACGAAGGACAUCGACCAAAGCGCCCACGCCAAAGGACGCGACACCACAAGAGGCCACACCUGUCGUCGAGGAGGUGAUUCGAGAAGCGACACCACUGCCGAACAAAGUCGUCGACUCCAGGCUUUUGCCAACCCUCUCCGAGCGCCAACCCAACGACCUGUCCAACGACGAAUACAAGAGCAUCGCAGAAAGCGGAGUCCUGCUAGCAUCGCUGGAACGAUCGCGUCAGAAAUGGAUCUCGGGUAGCUUCUUCGAGAAGUACUGGACAAAGACAUCGGGCAGGAAAGACGCUCCUCCGGCGCCGCCAGGCAACCCGCACAAGUCAUGGAUGAAGGAGAUCGGGCCAUGCACGCUGGUGGUUGAGCCCAUGAUCUUCGAAGCGACGGCAUACUACGUCAAGGAACCCGGUCCCACGCCGUCAAACUCGUCGCAUCAAGCGCCACAACAGCAGCAAUACCAACACCAAUAUCAACAUGCCCCCCAGCAGUUCAACCAACAGCAGAGACCUGUGCCCAAUCCUCCUGCUGGAAGCCCAUAUGGAGCGCCAUAUUCACAUCCUUCGGCUCAAUUCCAGGGUCGCCCACAUCCACCGCCCAUCAUGCCCGCGACAGCUCGAGCUCCGCCCCCUCCGCCUGCCGCACCAGCGCCUGCCAAACAGUCGCCAGAUCCCGUCAUCCAGAUGCUUGCCUCGCGCGCAAGUAGCGACCCUGAGCUCAAGGCACUCAUGAAGAUAGUAGCCACCGGCAAUGCCAAUCAGGAACAGCUGCGCAUCUUCCAGAGGCACAUAGAUGAGUUGACAGCCAUGAUCAACGCCAACAAGGCUCAACCUGCAAGCCAAACGAACUCUCCUGCUCCACCGCAUCAACACGCUGUUUCGCGCCCACCUUCCGCCGCUCCUGUCAUCAAACCACACCCUGCAACAGUCCAACCCAACCCUCCGCUAUACCCUAUGCCUCAGCAGCAUCCUCAAUACUCGCAUCAACCACCUCCACCACCGAGAUACCCUAGCUAUCCAAUCGUACUCGAGUUCCUCGGCCCAAACGCCUCGCCUGACCGCUUCCGCUUUCCCGAAUACACCAUUCUUGAGUUCUUGAACUCGUACAAGAUGCUCGCAUCAUUCCUCGUCAUACGAAAAGGCCGUCUGAUCAGUCCCCAACUCGAACCAGAAACCGAAUACUACGAACCAGUCACCAUGACGAUCAGCGUACCCGAAGGUCGCUCUGCUGCAAGAGAUGUUUUACAAUUCAUAACACGCUGCGUCAAGCCUGCAGAUCAGGUUCGCAACUACAUGAUGGAUCAGAUCGAAAAGUGCACACGUGCUCCGACGAGGCACCUUGCAUUUAGACUGCCUCACAAGAGCGGCAUCACCGAGGCAGAAGAGGAGGUUUCGGUCGUUGUACCAGAGGUCAAGCCGAAGCCUAGGCCUGUGCCGAGGAAAAAGAAGGAAGACAAAGACAAUGAACAAGCAGGGGAGAAGGAUCCUGCCAAAGGGGCUGAUACCACCGCUACACCGCAGACACCGGCGCCGGGUACGGUACAAGACGCAUCUGCACCUGGCCCUGUUGAGCCUGUGUCCAGUCCUCAAGAUGGCGCAAAGGAUGUGCAGGCCUCUACUGCAGUGCCUGCACCUACCGAGUCAGAGCCUGCCCAACCUGCAGAAGCUCCAGCGACAGACAGCUCAAUCGCAAAGCGCAAGAAGUCAGUUCGCAUCUCAGAGAUUCCUGUGAUAGCAAGCGAUGGCAACAUUACUACUGCCAACCCAGCAACAGAAGCAUCAGACGCACCAACCACAACCUAGAUACCCAUGUUCCAUCCAAUCCAAAAAAUACAAAACUAAACACAUUUUGCAUACAGACUUUGCAACGAUGAACGGAAGUGAAUUAGAAUUGUAAUAAUAAAAGUAGAUAUGUACCGAGACUUCUAUGGUGAUUCGUCCAGGGGAUAAUUUGUCACGAAUACCUCAAACGCAAGGCCUUGUAAAGGUCAUUCUUGCAAGUAUAGACCGGAGUCUAAACACCAGCUUCUCGAUGGGGGUAUACGAGGGCCGAGAGGACUGACUUGCUGU